AUGCCGUUAUUUCGAGACCCGGACCGGCGGCGUCAUUAUCCACAAUCACCCGACGAUGAUAAGCGUGAAGCGCCAGUCACGGGGCCCUCACCACUCCAUAUACAUGAGCCUGCUCGCCUUGAACUCAUUCCGCCUGAGAUCCCCGCUAGUCCUAUGGAGUCAAGACGUUCCCACCCGGCUUCAAUACGAGCGAAUGAUCGUGAAGAGCUCAUACAUCGUAUCAAAGAAUCUUCACCUUGGAGACUUCAACACACUGUAUGUGAAUCUUCCGUAAAGGUGCCUGGCGCUUCAUCAGAAAGGGAAACCCCUGCAGAUUUAUCAAUCUCUCAAGUAUCCCGAGUGUAUUCACAAACGGCAGCCAGAGACAGUGAAGACAGCUCUCCCUGUCAAAGACGUCACCUUAUACCAGCAGAACAACUGGGAUCGCCGGCCGAUAUCCAAAGACCUCGAUCAGCUUUACACUCCGGUGACUUCAGGGAAGGUGCUACAGAUCCCCAUGAUCCGCAUGCCCCCCAAUUCCCCUUCCGACGAAGGGAGGACUCAUCCUUUGGUCAUUUGAGCUCCUUUCCCACUCCUCCUUGGCUCAGGGAAUAUCCAGGAACAUCAAGUGCAGUGACCGAUGCUCGUCAGUCCGACAAUAUUGUAAAUUCUCGUUCCCGUGCACCUUCACUGGGCUCAUAUUCGUCAAGUUAUGUCUUGAAGGCUCCCACAAGCCCUCUGAUAUAUCAGGCGAACAGCACAGAUUUGGACUUUCCAUCUCAUGUUGAGCAUGCGGACGUCUCUGAGCUUGCGGGGAAGGUGAAUCGUCGCCGCACUUUGCCACCAGGGAGCUUUGAGAGCCUUCAGCUCUCUCCGUCAAAUAAUCAGGUGAGCAACCUUCGUAGUCCGUUUCCGCUUGAACGGCAACAGGGAAUAACCAGCAAUCAGACAUUUUUCCCUCGGCGAUCCUUGACUUCAUCAUACAGUCUUCAACUCGCAUCCCCGCCUGGCGGUCCGUUUCCAUCGUCGCGAGCAAGAAGGUCAUCCUUAGCUUCGGAUAUUUUGUCGAGUUCGAAUGCGCCGAUGGUGGGGUCUUAUGAAGAGUCCAUAUUGCGCGGCAGGAUGUCCAUGAAUUCUUCCAGGCCACUGGAUUUCACAGCCAAAAUUUCCGUGGCGGGCAAGCCAAACAGCAAAGGUCAUUCAAAAUGUCCACCGCAUGUCACGGUGCCAUUUCAGGCUGUUUUCUAUAGUUAUCCUACUUCGGGCAGCGGGCGCUCGAUCUCGGACGACAGUCCGAGUCCUUAUGUAGGACUGAUUGACCUGGAAAACUUGCUCCCACAUGAGAAUCCUACCCGGCGUCUUAGCCCGCCCACAAUUCCAACAGAGCCUCAUGAAAACACACCCGCCAUGCCUGAUACCGAAAUGCGACGCAGGCGAAAGAGAAGUCGGAGGUCAGUAUCGCCUAAAUGUCCCCCAGGAGGGUCAUAUCGGAUUCCACAGCAAGGUCACGUACAGGUCAUGAUCAAGAAUCCAAACAAGACUGCGGUCAAGGUUUUCUUGGUUCCUUAUGAUCUGCACGGUAUGGAGCCCGGUACAAAGACCUUCAUUCGGCAAAGCAGCUACUCGGCUGGACCGGCUACCGAUAUGCCGCUCAGCGCGCAAAGUCAAGACAAACGCACUUUGCGAUACCUCGUUCAUCUGAACAUCUGCUGCCCCGCGCGCGGGCGCUUCUAUCUGUAUCAGAAUAUCCGAGUGGUCUUUGCCAACCGCGUCCCGGAUGACGAUGAGAAAGUCACGCCUGAGACCUUGACCCCUACACCACGGUACAGUCCUUACCGGCCGACUCGAGAGUCUUUAUCGUCGAACAGAGCAAGCACGACUACACGGCUCGCGAUCGAACAGGCUUCUCGCAGGCGAAGCAUCGGCCAGGAGCCGAUUCCCCACCUUCGCCCACAUGCGUCAUCUCCGGGCGACUUCCCCUCGCAGCAUGGCAUGUCAAGACCUCGAGAUCCCACGUCUCAGUCUGAGGCUACUUCGUCUUCGCACAGUUCAUCUAUGUACGGCAAGCUCGCCAAGGGAGAUGUGGGCUAUGGAGGUCAAUCCCGAACCUCACCCUCAAGUGGCUCGGAAGCUAGUGAGAGCCUACUCGCCCAGAGACUUCGAGGCCUGGAUGUGCAGAGGCAAGAGCCACGAGUAGAUGAACAUCAUUCACACAAGGCAGGCUGCCAUGAUCGUUCCUCUUGCGCUCAUGACCGCACUCCUCGCUGA